AUGCGCUUUAACAGGAGAUUUGAUCCUGAUGAAGAUUUGAUAAGUCUGCCCCAGAAGAUUGCAGAGACACUUGUAGGAUUUGGUGAAGAUCUUCUCGGAUUAGGAAACAAAGAACUAACGGCUGCCCCAGGAGUUGACGCUUCUGUAUUGAGUUCCAGCUUUUACAUGCAACUCGGACAAUCAGAGGAGGAGCGCAGUAAGGAAUACGAGAGGCUUUGCGAGGAGCGGAAAAAAUGGCGUUUCGAUCUAUUCAGAGCUCUUCAAAGGGCCUUACGCGAUCUCCGGCUCUACGUUUGCGUCAUUAAUGCGGAUGGGUCGGUCACAUGGAUACCGGGCAAUAGGAAAUCGAAACCUACUACUGAUGGCAACACUGACAGCGCUAAGCGUCGAGCUGUCGACAACAAUACAGAGGACUCCAUCGAACUCAUGUAA